GUCAGGUGUGAUCAUCAUGCUCAAGGUUGCCAAUGGAUUGGAAAAUGGUCAUCAUUAAGUUGUCACCUAAGACAAUGUCAAGCAGCCUUGCCAAAGAUUCGAUUCUGGCUAAAAUAUCAUGUACAAUUUGGACAACAGGUUAGAGUCACUGGAAAUUGUGAACAACUUGGUAAUUGGGACCCGCAGAAGGCAUUCCCAUUGAAGUUCUCUCAGGGCGAUACUUGGGAGGGCGAGUUAUUGUUGGGACAGGCCGGACGAAUCGAAUACAAAUACUUUAUAUCCUACUAUGACACUGGCGACCUACUCUACUGGGAGACAGGAUCGAACCGUGUGUUCCUAGUAGCCGGCAGUUCAAAUUAUAGACGAGACAUCUUUCGAAAUCCC